AUGGGAGAAGGAAGCCAAGAGGUGAAUCAAUUAGGUGGAGGAAAUGACAACUCUAAGAAGAGUUUGGUGUUGGACCUAACCAAUGGUGAUGAAGACGGAAGCAGUGAUUCAAUAUCUGAAGGAGGAGGAAAGAAAGGGGGGAAAGGGAAAUCAGUGAAGAAGAGAAAGAGGUCAAAAGGAGUGAAAGAAGCGACUACAAGUGGUAAUCUAGAUGACUCACAAAUGGAUGAUCAUGCUAUGAUGAAGAACAGAGUCCUUUACGCUGGAUUGUUCGAAGAUGAUCAUACUCUUAAAGAUACAUUAGGAUGGUAG